GGGACCGCCGUGGCCUUGCGGGUGAGUGGGCGAACGGCGCUAGCCGCGUUGCCCGCACCCCGCCCAACCUUCACCUUGCCAGAAUUGGCUCACCGACACAGGACUGGGGCUUCGGAGAAGAUUUGUUUUUUUAAACAUUUUUCCAGCAGACCACAUCCCCGCCCCCCGCUCGCGGUCCCCCGCCCCCCGCACAUAUACCCUGCACACACACGCGCGCACACACACACACACACACACACACAGCGCACACAGGCACACACGCUCCCUCCCUCCGGCGCUCUACCCCUCGCUCGCCCGCCCGCCCGCCCGCCGCGCACGCAGCCGGCCCCGGCUCCCCGCGCCCAGCGCCCCGCGCCCUGCAGCCGCCGAGCGAAACCGGGCUGGGCUAGGAGCUGCUCAUGGAGAAAGUGCCUGGCGAGAUGGAGAUUGAGCGCAGGGAGCGCAGCGAGGAGCUGUCCGAGGCGGAAAGGAAGGCGGUACAGGCUACGUGGGCCCGGCUGUAUGCCAACUGCGAGGACGUGGGGGUGGCCAUCCUGGUGAGGUUCUUCGUGAACUUUCCCUCCGCCAAGCAGUACUUCAGCCAGUUCAAACACAUGGAGGAGCCCCUGGAAAUGGAGCGGAGCCCCCAGCUKCGGAAGCACGCCUGCAGGGUCAUGGGGGCCCUCAACACUGUGGUGGAGAACCUGCACGACCCCGACAAGGUGUCCUCUGUGCUGGCCCUCGUGGGCAAAGCCCAUGCCCUGAAGCACAAAGUGGAGCCMGUGUACUUCAAGAUCCUCUCUGGGGUCAUUCUGGAGGUCAUCGCUGAGGAGUUUGCCAAUGACUUCCCACCUGAGACGCAGAGAGCCUGGGCCAAGCUGCGUGGCCUCAUCUACAGCCACGUGACCGCUGCCUACAAGGAAGUGGGCUGGGUACAGCAGGUCCCCAACGCCACCACCCCACCCACCACGCUGCCCUCUUCGGGGCCGUAGGACCCCUCCCAGCUCCCCCCUCCCUGGCAGCACCUUGAGCAGAAGGCCGAGUUCUGAAGACGCUCCUUGACCCUCCAUUUCUGGGUGCCAAGGAAGCUGGAGGAACCCCCGACUGUCUUCCCGAAGGAGGCCUCCACCGUGGCCGCAGUCCCCCGAGCUGCCGGGAGGCAGCGCUGGCUGCCUGGAUGCUGACUCCAGCCCAGCGGCAGGCGGGGACCCCUCCGCCUUGCAGAUCGGGGCCCACUCUUCUUAGCUUUUCUACUCACUGUUAAAGAGGGACCUAGCUGAGUGGCUGGCGGGAAGCAGGGACAGGUUUGAGUCACUCGAGAAUGAAGCAGCCCUGUUUGGUUCUGCCGACCAGCAUGCGGGUCUCCACCUCACCAUCUAGAGUACUGCGCACACACGUCUACCGUAUACACAGAUAUAUUCUCUCUACAGUCUCUAUAUAAAUAUAUAUACAUAUAGACACACCUACAUAUCUAUCAUGUUACCUGCGGGCCCAGUCCUGCCCACCGGUGGGUGGGACCAGAAGGAUCCUGGUGGCACAGGCCUCUGGGCAGACAGCAGUGUGCCCUGGCCCUGGUAUCCCACAGCAGAUCAGAGAAUGGGGCCUGGAUGGGUAGGGCUGGGGGGGCCCAGCUUGGUGGCAAAGCCCAGCCCACUCUGACCAGCUCCCCACAUUCUUGCUUCCCACUUCCAGGCAAAAAGGACCUGGCUCCCUCCCUCUCCUCCACAGAGGGUCAGUUCACUGAUGUGCCCUGGAACYGGCUGGGGCAAGGGCAGACCCAGGGGCCCAGACAGGAUGACAGCUAGGGGUGGGGCCUCAGUGAAGAGACCUGGCGUGCCAGCCCCACCUGCCGGCCGCUGAGCCAGCCUUGGGAAUCCAGGCUGCUGGGCAGCAGGACAGGCACCUCAGGCUCACCCCUCAGGCUCUGAGGGCUGAGGGCCCUGCCCCUCCCUGCCCCGCUCCUGGCUGCCAGUCGGUCCACCCCCCCUCUGUGUCAGCCUCGCUGGGGCCCCCCACGUGUGUCCCUUAGUCUCGUGUAUCAUCCUGAAGGAUGGUCUGCUGCCGUGGCUACUGUGCCUGUGUCCCCCCUCGUGCGGUCAUCCUGUAACUGCCUGUCCUCCUUUUGUARUUUCUGAUGUUUGUUACCAGACCCAGCUGUGGCAUUAAACAGACCUGCUCUUCCUGAA